UGGGCGUAUAAAAACUAACGACCGUAUUUAUUUCGGAGCUAUGACCCUUUGAAUGACUCUUCUUAAUUACAAUUUUAAUGGGACUUGAAUGAUAAUUCAACAAAAACUAUUGUAUUAAGCUUAGUUUUUCAUAUUGCCAGCAUGUUCCUGGUAAGUGUUUUUAUGGAGUUAUCGCCCAUUGGUCAUUUUGUUUAAAUAGUACAAUAGGACACGCGUUUCAUCUAAAAACUAUUUAAUAUUUUAAAUAUGUUUUGACUUUACGAAUGAGAAAACGUUUAAACUUGGUACCAAGUAGUAAAUUAUUCAUUUAUUAUUUUCUCUUCCUGUCCUAGAGCGUGGUUUUUUAUUGGUUCAUUACCAUAAUUAAAAAAAAAUGUUUUGAAAAAAAAUCAGCAAAAAAAGUAGAACUUAUCUGCUUUCAGAUAUUGGCAAUCAUUUAAAAUCAAUACGCUAUUCAUACUGUUAUGUAAAUGAGUAUAUGAGAUGCAUACAUGCAAUCAAAACGAAAAAAUCUCCUUAUCAAUAUACCGACUACUUCCCUAAUCGUUUUAAUUGUAGUUGACGUUUAACAAAAUUAUAAAGAAGCUUUUCUGCAUUUGUUAUAUAAUAGCAGAGUGAAAGAAGGACGAAGGGAAAUAACAUGGCUAGACAGGAAAGAGGACUAAUACUUCUGAACAAGAUUGAAAAUGGAGACAAAGAUGGCGUUAAACAAAUACUGAAUAAUGACACGGAUCUCACAGUUGAUAGGAAAGGAGACACACCAAUUCACCUCGCAGCAAGGAAGGGCAAUCUGGAUAUUCUUGAAUUGUUGAUCCAGAAUGGAUGUAAUGUCAAUCAGAAAAAUCAGAAUGGUUUUGCUGCUCUGCAUUAUGCUGCCAGAGAGGGGAGAAUGGAUAUUGUAUGCUUCUUGCUGAAAUAUGGCGCGGAGCCGAACAUCAAAAAUGAGGACGGUGAUGGUCCUAUACAUGAGCUUGUAAAAUUUCAACCAAUGGAUGUCAUUGAAGAGAUGGUCUCACUUGGGAUGGACGUGAAUCUGCAGAACAAGAUUGGUAGUACACCAUUGCAUGUUGCCGUUGCGAAUAACCAUCAAGAAGCUGUGGAGACACUUCUAACAUGCGGCGCUAGAAGUAACCUGAAAGACAAGUAUGGUCGGACUGCAGAAGAAAGCUGUAAAAAUUCUCAAAUGUUAAAUAUGAUGCGGAUGCACACACUCACAAUGGAAGCUAUGAAAAAAGGAAUUAUCCAGGCACAGGGAAUAUCAAUAACAAGGAAGAAGGCCAAGGAAAGAAUAACACUCAAACGUGUUGGCGUUGUCAUAGAAACAAUAUCCUUGACGACUGACGUCACGGCAUCAUUCUACUGCAGACGGGAAAAGUCUGAAAACAGUUCUUAUUCAUUUUGCACAGAGGAUGGAGAUGAAAUGUUAAGCGAUGUAUUUUUCAUUAAGAUCACAGGUGUCCCAAGAGUAUGUGAGGUCACACUGACGUUACCAAUAUAUGGAUUGCCAUCGGCACAGGAGGAACUUUUUGUAAGAUUUAAAUCGGGAGCAAGACUUACUGUAACGCAGGCACAAACUACAAUAGAGGGGAGAACGUGUACAUUUAAAAUAAAUCUGACACCGGAGAGUUUUUCUGUCUGUGCAUUGUUUACAUGCACAAAGACGGAAGUGAAACAAGUUGAUCAUGAGGGAGGAGUGAUAACUGCUGACGCUGACAAAGAGAUGCUGCUGGAAAUUCCACCUAAUACCUUCAGUCAAGAAGCAAACAUUUCAAUAAAAGUAUUUCCGACAGAAAGUGAAGCCAGACAAAGAGACGAUGUCGUGCUCACGGAUAUUUACACAAUUAACACAGAUAUAGAAAGUAGUGGCAAGAAUAGCAUGACGCUAACUGUCCCUUUGCAUCACUCAGUUGACAAGACAGAAGAUAUCAUAGCUGUAACCGCGGACGAAAUAUCAGAUGACACUGACGAAAAUUGUCUUUCAGUCAUUGAUUCAAAGCCAGUAUUAAAACAAUUGUCUCUUGUAUAUGAAAUUCCACAUUUCAGCAUACAUGUAGCAGUCUCUAGAAGCCAGUUUGAGACAAACAAGAAAAACAUAUUCGACAGAUUGGUCAGUGCUACAGAACGGCAGCGUACUGCAGUGUUCUUUGUUGUUGUGAGACACGAGAAUAACGGGACGAGUCCUAUUAUUGUAGUAGAGUGCUGUAUAGCAACGAACGCCACGAAGAGAAUCAAGAAAUGGAUAUCGAAAGGUUACAUUACUCAGGAUCCAGAACAGUCCGGAAGUUUUCUUCUAAAGCCGUAUCAAGAAUUCACAGUAUCAUUUCAAGGUGCGAAGUGUACCGACAGUAACGAGGAGAGAAAACUUGCGUUCCUUCCUCGGCGGCCAAGCUUCCAGCCUUACAGAAUCUCCGCUGAGGUUAACACAGAGUGCUGUAUAGAUGGCAGUGUGUUUAUCAAAAAGGCAUCAAAAGAUGACGGGAAAUCAUCAAACAGUGAAACAGUAACAUCUUUACAUUUUCACAUCAAAUUAAAGGAGGAUGACACGAACACAGAAACAAAAAAGGAAAAAGAAAAAAUAUGUGAGGCAGCUUCCAAAACCUAUACAGAAGAAAAGAAAAAUCAGCCUUGGUUAAUGCCAGAUUAUUUAAAUGAAUAAAGAAAUAUAUCUGUGACGAAUCAAUGUGCUUUGAGACAAACAUAUUUUGACAAUUCUGAAUCCAUUGACACCGUGAGAUAAUCAUCCAGUUGUCUUAUGGUUCGAUUAUCCUUUCCGUUUAUUUAAAUAUGAAAUUCACUUUGUUUAUUGUUUUAGUUGUUUACAUACUAUAUAUGAGAAAUGAUUAAGAGGUCAGUAUACGACUGUGUGCCUUAUGGUCAUAUUGACAAAUCUUGUUCAGUAAUUAGGGUAUUUUUCAAACUCAGUGUGCCAUUGUAGCCAGAAGGCACAACAAGCUGUUAUUGAUCAUUUCAUUAUAUACGUCGACGUCAGAAGACUAUGGCGUUCCUCUAAGGACCGGAGGUAUGCUUAUGAAAUGUUACUGUACAUGUGCCAGUAUCAUUUGUGCAAGUCAUUGUGUUAUUUUUUCGCAUAUUUUUGUUCCUGUUUGUAGUAAGGUACGUCCUAAGAUUUCGUUGAUGUCAAAUGCUAACUGAUCUAUAUGAUUAUAUUGAUCAGAAUACUUGCAUUUUUGUGAAAUUUAUGUCGUUAUUUAAAGUUGAUCAAUACAACUCAAAAAUAGGUCACUGGUACUAAUUUUAAGGUCCGUAAGUCUCUUGUUAUGGUCGUGGUGAUCUUGAGCUGCAAAUCUGUUUCUGGUUGAGACAAUGUUCUUAUGGUAAUUCCGUCUGAUAGAAUUUCUUAAAUCAUUUAAAGAAAUGAAAUAUUGCACAAUAAGAAAGUUAUUAACAUUUCAAUAUUUGAUCAAAAUGGCAGCCAUUUGUUUCAAUGGCAACAAAACAAAAAUUACAGAUUUAUUAAAUUUCUAGAUACACAUUUGAACUGUAUUUACUUAUUUCUGUAAAGUGAUUUCUCUACCUUUUCCAGCUAUUAUGAAAGAAAUUAACAUGUUUUACAUCUUACAAUCGAGAAACGUAUGAAAUAAGUCUAUUAAAAAGGUUACUGCGUUGCUAACAAAUAAUUCAGCUAUGUGUGUAAAUGACGUCAUACGUAAACACUAAAAUGGCUUCCUUCAUCAAAUCCAGCUUCGGGGGCACGGACAACAUAAAAAUUAGGUGUAAAAAUUAGGUUAUUAUGUCAAAUUUUUGAAAAGCCUUGUCCACACUCGAGAUAUUACAUUUUCUAUCUGAUCAACAUGAAACGCAGAAAGUUUGCCUUUUGGUAGACAAGCAGUAUGGGGCAUUAAUAGCCCGCUUAUUAAUAGUUUGUUAUGAAUCACAUAAUGCUUAUCUGCCGCCAUCAUUAUUUUCAACCUUGUAAGAGAUAACUGAAUACAUUACAGUGAACAUAAAAUAGCUCAUAUACUGAAAGGGGCCUGUGACGAAGAAUAAUUUAUCACGUAGAAUUCUUUCGCCUGAGGUUGACCCUUUGUUUUUCUACAUAAAUAUUUGAAAGUUUCCAUGUUAGCGACUGCCAUUCAAACGAAAGUUUCUUUUUUUGACCUUAAUUAUUUGGAUAUGACUUGCAGUCAAACAACAAACCGAAAAAAUCAACGUGACCUUAAUUGUGUGGGCAUGACCGUCUAUUCAUUUUAUACUUUCUUCCUUUUUACCUAAAUUGUGUCGGUAUGAAGUGAAACAUAAUGCAAAGUAUACAUAUCACCUAAAUUGUGUCGGUAUGUCUUGCUAUCCAACAGAAAGUUUUCAUUUGACCUAAACUUCAUGGAUAUAUAUCAUGUUGUUAUAUUUUCUGGUCCUUUCAGUUACGGAGUGCAUUCAUUUUUACAAUAAUGGAGUUCCGCUUCGGCCGUUGCUAGGGGCCGUGCGUGGGAGGGGGUUGCACAUUUCAUUACCUCUCAUGAACGGACUCAGUCAGGCCGGCUAUGCUUCCAUGGGAUCUUUCCACGGAUAAUAUUGAAUACUUUACUGUAUGGAGCACCGCGUAAGCCGGUGCUACGGGGUGUGAGGGGUGUUGCACAUUUCAGUCCUUCUUGUGAACAGACUCAGUCAAACCAGAGUGUGCCAUUAUUUUGCUGUUUCCAAAUGAUCGUCCUACAGACUUUAUUUGCCAUUCAACAAAAACUGUCUGUGUAACAUAAAUUGUAUCAGUUUAACAUGCAACAAAAUAAAAGACUUGAAAUAAAAUACAUGCAUGAAGAAAUCCAAAUCAGCACACAGGACAGUCACAGAAAACAGUUAUCCCAGACCUGGCACCGCACCGUAGUCGACAUUUAGUCUGGACUUCAAAUCAUUGGAUGCGUUGAUGGCAUACAUGAUUACAUGGAGUACUCUUUACCGCAGUUGACUAGAGCUGCAAAUAUAAGAUUUAUCUUUGUAAUGAUAUUUUAUUUUAUUAUAAUUAUACCUGUAUAAAUUCUGUCAAAAAUACGGCUUGUAUUUUACAAGUAUAUACGAAUAAACAGA